AGCCCCUUCAACUUUAUUGCUUACAAAAUACUCCAUAGCAGCAUUGGACUUGGGAGGAGUACUGGAUUUGUAAACCAAAACCAAAGAGAUUGGCAAAUUCUUCCUUCAACUUUAUUGCUUACAAUAAAUAGCAGCAUUGGGAGGAGUACUGGACUUGUAAACCAAAACCAAAUUGGCAAAUUCUUCCUUCAACUUUAUUGCUUAUAUACAGUGAGUACAACUGAACCACUCAAGUCCAUAUAGCUCUGCCUCCUGCUUCCAAGUGAACAGAUAUGGACAGAGAAAACCUUGAAGGAGGGCAAAUAGCAAGUCCUUUGCUUGUUCAUGGAAGGGCAGACAACGAGGGUGAUGGUGGUUGCAACAGUAGCGUUGGCAAUGGUGUCGAUGGUAUAAAGAGUGACACGUCUAGCACAACGGUUCUUGUGCUCAGCACGUGUGUUGCUUGCUGUGGCUCUUACGUUUUUGGGGCUGCUGUGGGAUAUUCAUCACCUGCUCAAUCCGGCAUUGUAGAUGACCUUGGCCUCUCUGUUGCACAGUAUUCCGUUUUUGGUUCAAUAUUGAGCAUUGGAGCACUGUUGGCCGGCGUAAUGAGCGGGAAGACAGCAGAUCUCCUUGGCCGGAGAUGUACGAUGGGGUUUUCAGAGAUAUUCUCCAUCGUUGGCUGGCUUGCAAUUGCUUUCUCACAGGGUGCUUGGUGCCUUUACCUUGGAAGACUAUCCCUUGGAUAUGGCAUUGGGCUUCUUUCUUAUGUGGUACCUGUGUAUAUAGCGGAAAUCACACCAAGGAAUCUCCGAGGAGGUUUCACCACUGUUAACCAGUUGAUGAUAUCCUGUGGUUUAUCAAUGACAUAUCUCAUUGGAACUUUCGUCUCAUGGCGUGCCUUGUCUUUAAUCGGAACCAUUCCAUGCGUAUUACAACUUCUGAGCCUGUUCUUCACUCCGGAGUCUCCUAGGUGGUUGGCAAUGGUCGGUCGUUGGUCAGAUUGCGAGGCUGCAUUACAGUGCCUUCGAGGAAAGAAUGCUAAUAUCUCGGAAGAAGUAGCUGAAAUUAGAGAAUACACAGAAAUCCUUCAGCAAUUCUCAAAACCAACAAUUCUUGACUUGUUCCAGCGGAAAUACGCUUAUUCCCUCGUUGUUGGAGUUGGGCUGAUGGUACUGCAACAAGUUGGAGGGGUUAAUGCCAUUGGAUACUAUGCAAGUGCUAUUUUUGAAUCAGCUGGUUUUCCAAGCAACAUAGGGACCAUAGCGAUUGCUGUUGUUCAGGUUCCAAUGAACUUGUUGGGAGUGCUGUUGAUGGAUGUAUCUGGAAGAAGGCCGCUUCUAAUGUAUUCUGCAGCAGGAACGUGCUUGAGCUCUUUCCUCAUAGGGUUGUCAUACUUGUUGAAGGGCUUUCAAGUGUGGACGGAGCUCACUCCCAUUAUCGCGGUUGUUGGUGUUGUGGUUUUCAGAGGAAUGUUUGCAUUAGGCAUGGGAGGAAUUCCGUGGGUUAUGAUGUCUGAGAUAUUUCCUAUAAACAUGAAAAUGUUGGGCGGAAGUCUCGUAACGGCAGUCAACUGGUUCGGUACUUGGAUUAUUGCGUAUGCCUUUAACUUCCUUAUGGACUGGAGUUCAGAAGGAACCUUUUUCAUGUUCGCAAUUGGGGGUGGAUUAACUGUCGUGUUCGUUGCAAAAGUGGUACCGGAAACCAAAGGACGAACUCUAGAAGAAAUACAGGCAACAAUGAAUCCAAUUAUAGCAACCUGAUAAAUACUUAAGAGAGUUGGAAUAUUUGCUUGCAAAACAGAUUCCUUAUAUGUUGAGUUUAAGGCACGUGGGUCGUUUAUUGGUAUCAAGCAAAGAUUUUUGUACUGCAGGAAUCCAUAAGAGUGUGUGGUGAGCUAGGUAAAAAGGUUAAUGCUAUGCUCAUCAUCUGCUUUGAUCAUAUAUACUUAUUUAGAUACGGUACACGAUUUGAUUGUUUUUUCGAUACUUAAUAUAUAGCAUCGAUGAUGAAUCAACUAGAGGUCGUGUUUGGAUGUGUGCCCGAUGUGAGCAAGGGUGGAGUACGUCGGGGUAUUAGCAAUGGUGUCAAGUAUCUAGAUCCUUGUAUGGAAAUUGUAAUCUCACAAAGGGCAAGGAUUCUAAUGUUUCAAUAAAAGCUUUUGGACAAUUGUUUGA